UCUCUCUCUCUCUCUCUGAGAUCGGACAGCACAGCAUGUACCCUGGUGAGGUUGCAAGCGUUGUCCUCCCGUACCUGCCAACUGCAGCCGCCGCGGCUUUCGGCUUCGGGCCCCAUUACCACCCGCCUGCAGGCGACCACUUCCUGUUCCCGGGCAUCAGCACCGACCUGCUCACGCUGCCGUACGCUGCCACCGCCGCGCACUGCCAGCAGCACCCCGCCGGCCACCAGCCAUUCCUCGACCACGCGCCGGGCCCCCAUGACGAGGCUGCCGGCGGCGUCGAGCGGCGGCGGCAGCUCGCGGAGGAGAGGCGGCGGCGGCGGACGGCGUCCAACCGGGAGUCGGCGCGGCGGUCGCGCGUGCGCAAGCAGAGGCAACUCAGCCAGCUCUGGGCGCAGGCCGCCCACCUCCGCGGCGACAACCGCGACUUGCUCGACCGCCUCAACCGCGCCAUCAGGGAUUGCGACCGCGUGCGGCGCGACAACGCGAGGCUGGGCCGCGAGCGGGCAGGCCUGCAGAGGAGGCUCCACGAGCUCGCCGCCGGCGGCGACGACGACGGCAGCUCCAGGAUAGCUGCAACAGCCACCUAGAUGAAAGAGAGCAAAAAUGAACGAUGCCAACUCCAAGUUGUUUGUUCGUCAAAUGAAAAUCUUCUAGUGGUAUGCUUAUAAGUGGACAGAUCAUAUGCACACAAAAGUUAAUGUUUGAUCUAGCAUUCUAUAGCUGAUAUUGAAAAAGGUACUAGUGACAUAUUAAGGGUUAAUUAGAGAUAAAUCUGUCAAAGUGUUCUGUGAAAAUAAUGAGCUGGUGACGACAUUAUUACUCUUGACAGUCUGCACUCUGCAAUACUCCCUCUGUACCC